CUCGGGCUAAUUUUUCUGCAUGCAGGGCUUCCACGUGCGCGUCUUCUCCUGGCCGUCCUGGCCGGGCGGUGGCACCCUUGCAUCCUGGUAUCGCUUCACGUCGCCGCCGCAGGAGCCCACGCCAUGCGCUCUUCAAACGUCACAAUUUGUCCGUGUCUGGUCUGUCAUCCCAAACCUCGCUACGGUCCGCAAACACGACCAGCUACCUGACUGGCAAGCGGUCAUGGCGACAUCACAGCCCUCGCUCUUCCGUCUUAUGCGUGCCCAUCUGAACCUGUCCUGGUGGGUCCCGUCGUGCUGCUCCUCUGUGCCCACCUCGCAUCCGACCCAACGUAGACCGAGGACGUGUGUUGCGCAGGAACUCGGCCAUGCCACCCUUGGUGGGGGUGUGCAAUGUCCCGGCCCAAAGCUCGUAGCGCUUUUCCAGAACAGCCAGCUGUCGCUAUGCACAUGCACGUUGGGCGAGGUUUCAAUCGCCCAGGUGCCACCACCGUUGAGACUUUAUUGACUAUGGAGGCCCUUUGGCUGUCUGUCCCUAAGCGACUGGCCACAAGCUGGGCGCACCGCUAUGCCUCGCUCAAGCCUGGAAGUCAC